CUUGAUUGGACUGACAACACGUUAGUCACACAAGAGGAACCAACGGGUCAGUGCCAUCCAAUCUUUGUGCUCUCAUGGAGCAACAAGUGCAGGUGCGGCAGAACAAACGGGUGAGAAGAGAGACAGGGCUCGAGGAUGCAGCCAUGGUUGAGGCACCGGAAGUGCCUGCAUCUGAAGAGCAGGUGGUUGAGGCAGAUGCAGAUGAUGAACCAGGAAUCACCAAGUUGGAACGGCUUUGUGCAAGUGUCGACCAGAAGGGUGCAGGCCUCUCAAAGACGGACUUAAAUGCUCUUCUUGAUCACGGCAUUCACUGUGUUGAGACAAUUGCCUUUAUGCCGCAGCGGAAACUAUGUGAAGUGAAGGGCAUCGGUGAACAAAAGGCUGCACGGAUCUAUGCGGCUGCCAAGCAGCUUGUACCUAUGCGCAUGGUGAGUGCCGCGGAGAUGCUGCAGCUGCGCCGGAAUAUGGUUCAGAUCACCACAGGUUCAGCUAAAUUGGACCACUUGCUCAAAGGCGGUGUAGAGACUGGGCAGAUCACAGAGGUGUUUGGUGAAUUCCGCUGUGGCAAGACGCAGCUUUGCCAUACAUUGUGUGUGGCUUGCCAGCUGCCCAUCAGCAAGGGAGGUGGUGAAAGCAAGGCUUUGUAUAUUGACACAGAAGGUACCUUUAGACCUGAGCGAUUGGCAGACAUUGCCAGACGCUAUGGGCUCAAUGAAGAGGAUGUGUUGGAAAACGUGACAUAUGCGCGUGCCUACAAUGCGGAGCAUCAGGACAGAUUGUUGGUGGAGGCUGCAAGUGUCUUCUGUGAGUCUCGCUAUGCUGUCCUGAUUGUUGACAGCGCGACUGGUCUCUUUCGAACUGACUACAGUGGCAGGGGAGAGCUUGCAGAACGUCAGCAGGCCCUCAAUCGCUACUUGCGCAAGUUGCAGCGAAUAGCAGAUGAGCAUGGUGUUGCUGUUGUGAUCACAAACCAGGUGAUGGCAUCGCCAGAGAGUGGCCCUGCGGCGUACAUGGGGCCUCAGGUGAAGCCAAUAGGAGGCCACAUUAUUGGCCAUGCGAGCCAAACACGCCUCUAUUUCAGGAAGGGCAAGGCAAGACAGAUUAAGAAGCAGUUUGGCACUGCGCAGAAGCUUUGCUCUAAAUGUGCAAACGGAAGGUCGGAGUAGGUAGACAUAAGGCUUAUAUAAGUUGUUGACACCUGUGCAAUGGCAUCAUACUGGUAGUUGUUGACUAAACUCACACCUUCACCAUCAUCCACAGUUGCUCAGGGCGAAACACGGAUUUGCAAGGUGUAUGAUUCGCCAAGCCUCCCAGAAGGUGAAGCCAUGUUUGCUAUUGAUGCAGGUGGAAUCGUUGACGCACCGGACAGAUGAUGAUAUUGGACAGCUUGCUGGAAAAGCUAGUAUGCUGCCUCCUGGGACAUAGGCAAAAUGACACGAUUGAGCAAAUGGCUGGGAAUGGGAACAUACUAACAAGCUACAAGUACAGUUUCGACCCAAACAAGACUUGUACAUCACCAAUCAAAGGUCCAAGUUCAUGAUGUAUUCAGUGAUCAAAGAAGUGCUGGCAAAGCGAGUGCAGCACUAGUGUGGAGCGCGCGCGUUUUUGAGCGGCGUGGAGUACGGAGUACGCAUCAGAUCCAUGGAGAUCCCAGCUUUUGUUUCACCGGGGAAGCACCUCUCACCAAGGAUGCUCAGAGCAGUUCUGAUGUCAGUGC